AUGCCUCACAAUGCUAACUACGGGGUGACCAACCCAAACGACGUGACGAUUGAAAUCCCGCUACAAAACCAGCCGAGUCAGACCCAAAGUAGCGCCGAGGGAUGGGCGUCGAGCAGCCCAUCGCCCGCCAACGAGAAAGAUGACCCGGCUGCCAAGGGCCUGGCCGGCCGUCGUCGCACCAACACCGGCUUUGCGAGUAAUUACAAGGAUUCCCAAUCGCCUUUGGAUGGGACUAUCACCCGCGUCGGUCGCUUCUACCAGGCCUUCUUCGAAUUCUCAAUCGUGACUCGGUAUUUCAUCUACGUGGUUCCCAUCGGCUCUCUGAUUGCGAUUCCCAUUAUCGUGGGUGCCACCGCGGCGCCACAAGCAAAGAUUGGCGGCGUCCACAUCUACUGGUUCUUUGCCUGGAUUGAAGUGCUUUGGGUCAGUUUGUGGGUGUGCAAAGUAUUUGCCCACUUCGUUCCGUAUGUCUUCCAGACACUCUGCGGCUUUGUCAGUUCGGGCACUCGCAAGUAUGCGCUGAUAUUGCGGGCCCUGGAAACGCCCUUGACUUUGACACUAUGGAAUGUUAUUGCUCUUGUCACAUUUCUGCCUAUCAUGCGGUAUGGCGCUGGAAACAAUAGUGCGGUCACUAGCUGGGAAAGCAGUAUCAAGAAUAUUUUGUUCGGUCUGCUUGUGUGCAGUCUCAUCUAUAUGGCUGAAAAAGCUAUCGUGCAGCUGAUUUCGAUCAGUUAUCACCGCAAGCAGUUUGAUGCGAAGAUUCAACAGUCGAAGCGUAAUGUACGCUUGGUGAGCCUUCUCUUUGAUGCAUCGCGCAAAAUAUUCCCCAUGUAUUGCCGCGAGUUUCGUGAGGAGGAUCAGAUGAUUUUCGACUCCCUUUUUAGCCAAGUAACGACCAAGACCACCAAGCGAAGCUCCAACACGCCGCUGCGUAUGGUUCAAAAUGUCGGACAGAACGUCGGCCGCAAUGUCGGCCGUAUUGGUGACAAAGUAACUUCUGCCUUUGGCAACGUCGCUGCGGAACUCACGGGAAAGCAGGUGUUCAACCCGAACUCCACCCAUUCUAUCGUGAUUCAGGCGCUGGAGCGCAAACGGUGCGCGGCUGCGUUGGCUCGUCGGAUCUGGCUGUCCUUUGUGGUCGAAGGGCGCGAUUCGUUAUAUCUCGAGGAUAUCGCCGAGGUUCUAGGUCCAGCACACCAAGAGGAAGCUGCGGAAUGCUUCCAGAUUUUAGAUCAGGAUGGAAAUGGAGAUGUGAGUUUGGAGGAGAUGAUUCUCACGAUUUCCGAAUUUGGUCGUACACGCAAGGCCCUCAAUCACAGCAUGCAUGAUGUCGAUCAAGCGAUUCGUGUUCUGGAUGGUCUCUUGAUGGUUGGUGCCUCGGUCCUGGGAGUUCUGGCCUUCAUUUCUUUCGUGACAAGUGGUCUCCAUACCAUCAUCACCAGUGCUGCAUCGGCGCUCCUCUCUGUCAGUUUUGCAUUUUCAACCACUGCGGCCGAAGUUCUUGGCUCCUGUGUGUUCUUAUUUGUCAAGCAUCCUUUCGACAUUGGAGACCGCGUGGAUGUGAGCGACAAACCGUAUAUCGUCGAGCGGAUCUCCCUGCUCUACACGGUUUUCCGCAACGUGAAUGACCACCGCCUCACGCAGGUGCCGAACAACAUCCUGAACAGUCUUUGGGUCGACAACUUCACGCGAGCCAAUGCGAUGCAUGAGAAGCUCACGGUCAAUGUGGCAUUCGACACCUCAUUUGCCGAAAUCGAGGCUCUGCGCGAGGAGAUGGAGCUCUUCGUUCGGGACAAGGAGAACUGUCGCGAUUUCCAGCCGGACAUCAAUAUCGAGGUCCUCGGAGUGGGCGAUUCGCUUGACAAGGUCCAGAUCCGGGUCGAUAUUCGCCAUAAGUCGAACUGGGCCAACGAGGUGGUUCGGGCCACCCGACGCUCCAAGUUCAUGUGUGCCUUGAUCCUUGCCAUGCGCAAGCUCAAGAUCAGAGCUCCUGGCACCCUUCGUGAGGAGAAAGAGGGUGAUGACGACUCGGAUCAGGACAAGCGUGAGCCAGAGCCGACUUUCGACCUCAAGCCAAACCCGGCUACUGCUGCUGCGGCCGCCGCUGCUCAACUCACGGCCCAAACCUCUCUUUCCCCUGACACGGCCACGAGCUCGGGCUUUGCCACAAGCCAGCCGUCUUCUGAAGUGAUACAGAGACGGGUCGCCACUCAAGAGAGCGAAGUCGCCAUGAUGGAAAAGCUCAACGCACGCCCGCCCGUCUUCGAUCCCGCCCGCGACGACGCGCUCUAUCGCACGCCAACCAACAACACCAGCUCAAGUCAGAGCCAACAGCUGACUAUCCGAGAGGAUGGUGCAACUAGUGGAUCUAUCUCUCGUGUGCUUUCGACCGGCCACCGCAAGGCGGGAACUCACGUUCCGUACACAGAGGAAGAUAUGGCCAGCAUCGAAGCCCAGCCUCCUACCCUCCCGACCAUUGCGACCAACGAUUCCAGCACCUUCAAUGGGGCUUACUCGCAGAACCAAGGAACCUCCUACCAAACAACCUACGAAACCUCAAACUCCUUCAACCAAGUUUCGCGAGGCAGCGUGAGCGCCGAGGACGAUUCCGCCGCAGUGUACCCCCAGACAGAUACCAUUUUCCUUACUCGCUCGUCAUCCAACGCUUCGAGAGCUGCAGAAGAGUCAACAAGCGGAGAGCGCAAUUCAUGA